GUAACCAAAAACAAAACACACAAGGAAGCAGCUUCCAGUUGCAGCCUUCCGUCUUGUCCCUCUCCCUCUCUCUUUCUCUGUUUACUGUACAUCGUUUUGAAGCUGCCAAGACAUACGAAGCAUUGAAUGCGGGCGUGCAGUUCAGUGAGUCCACCACCGUUCCGUUACUCAUCGGGGUUUUAUGUUGUGUUGUGAUGCGUGGAGCUCUGGGAGUUUGGAGUUCAUGAAACGAUUUGUUUUGGCUGAGAGAUAGAGAGAGAGAGAGAGAAAUGGAGGGGAGGAUGAAGAAGUACCAGAGGCAAGUGAGUCCGGAGAGGGCAAAAGUGUGGAGGGAGAAGUCGCCCAAGUAUCAGCAGUAUCGGAGCGUCCCCGUGGUUUAUUAUCUCUGCCGCAAUCGACAGUUGGAGCACCCUCAUUUCAUGGAGGUUCCCCUCUCCUCCCCGGACGGGCUCUACCUGAGAGAUGUGAUUGAAAGGCUUAAUGUUCUGAGAGGCAGAGGGAUGGCGUCCGUCUAUUCUUGGUCUUGUAAGAGAAGUUACAAGAAUGGAUUUGUAUGGCAUGAUCUUUGUGAAGAUGAUCUGAUUCAUCCUGCUCAUGGAACCGAGUAUGUGCUCAAAGGUUCUGAGCUCUUCGAAGACUCCAACUCAGAUCGAUUCAGUCCCAUUGGAAUUAUAAAAACGCAGAAUUUGAGACAAUUACCUGAGCCCUCAUCUUCUAGAAGUCACGAUGACUCUUCCUCUUCUUCCAGUAAGAAUGGAAAGGAGACCAAACAUUCCCAAGAGGAUGAGCUUUCUCCUCCAGUUCAAGGACCUGGUUCCUCUAGUGUUUCUCCGGAGUCGAGAGCUGAGAAGAAUUGUUCGUGGGGUGGGUCUCUAAGCCUGACAGAGUACAAGGUUCACAAGAGUGAUGGUUUAGCUGAUGCUUCAACACAAACUGAGGAAAAUGUAAGCAGACCUAAGCCCCGAGAAACUUGUACAAGAGGUGUGUCAACUGAUGAUACGUCAUUAGAACCUGAAUGUAGUGAGAUUUAUCGAAGUCAGAUUUCACGUGGGAAAGAGAAUUCUGAGAUAUGUAGGGAGUCGGUUUCACCACCUCCAUCUACCUCUAGUGCGUCUUCAUCGGGUGGGAAGACUGAAACUUUGGAAUCAUUGAUUAGAGCUGACGCUAGUAAAAUUAACAGUUUUAGGAUUCUUGAAGAGGAAGAAAUUCGGAUGCCGACCAAUGCACGGCUAAAGGCCACAAAUGUGUUGAUGCAAUUGAUCUCAUGUGGGUCAAUAUCAGUGAAAGACCAUAGUUUUGGCCUCAUUCCCACCUACAAGCCCAGGUUUUCCCAUUCAAAAUUUCCCUCCCCAUUGUUCUCUACUUCAGUAAUGCUGGGGGAGCUUGAUUGCUUUACGGAGAAUCCAAGGCUGAUGGGCCUGAGAUUGGAAGACAAAGAAUAUUUUAGCGGGAGCCUGAUUGAGACAAAAGUUCUGAAGGAAGAAGGAGCUGAUGUUAAUGCUCUGAAACGUUCUUCUUCAUGCAAUGCUGCCAGGACAAGUAAGCAAUCAGAUUCAUUGGAAGAAAUAGAAGAAUCAAACUCUGGACGUUCAAAAUGUAUCCCACGGUCAAUUAAGACUUCAUUGAGCAAGCAGCCACGAAGUGAAUCUAUGAAAUCUCCUGUUUCUGAAAGACCACGGAACUCUUCUGAUGGAGCUGACAGCUCACAAAUCAUAUCUCCCUGUGUUUCAAAUGCUGGCAGUAUGAGAAUCACUGAUAGGAACUCGGGAAGAAAGCAAUCAAAUCGGCUAGGUUCCUUCAGAGAAGACGAGAAGGUGAUCAAAAUCGAUGAAAGGCUUGCUUCAGGAGCUCGGGUUAUAAUCGAAUCCAAAGCACCUUGUGACACUGGCAUUUGCAGCUCUUAAAAAUGGAGUUACUUCUUUUCCCUUCCCAUUUGGGAAUUGGUAUUCAUUCCAUUCUCACUGGUUUUUCAACUUUAGUUUGAAUUUCAAAUGAUGGAAGAAUUGUUGGCUGAUUCACGUGAUGAUUCUGUAAAUCUUGAAAGUAAAAAGUAUCAAAAAAAGGGUUGUAAAAUUCGUCAUUCGCGGGGGGAGAGAGCCAGUGUUACAGCAGGUGGUGGUCCUAAUAGACCAACUCUUCAGAUUCCUCGAGUUGGUUUUCGUGCCAACGUUCUUAAAUGGGAUUGGAGCUUUUUCUUAUAACUACAGUUGCA